AUGUCGUCAGAACAAGCCACCAAUAACCAUGCCGAUGACAAUGGUCUCACUGAGCAGCUGAACCGCGUCGAUAUCAACGACCGCGAAGACUCUCAGCCCAAGACCGAGGAAGAAUACGCACAAUCGACCCUCACGCUGAGAGCCAUUGUCUCGUCCAAGGAAGCUGGUGUGAUCAUUGGCAAGCAAGGCAAGAAUGUUGCUGAUCUGCGCGAUGAGACUGGCGUCAAGGCCGGCGUCAGCAAAGUCGUGCAAGGUGUUCAUGACCGUGUCUUGACAGUGACCGGACCCUUGUCUGGUAUUUCCAAAGCCUACUCCCUCGUCGCAAAGUCUUUGCUGGAAGGCGCUCCUCAAAUGGGCAUGGGUGGUGUCGUGCAGAAUGCUGGUACUCAUCCCAUUCGUCUCCUCAUCUCGCAUAACCAGAUGGGCACUAUCAUUGGUCGUCAAGGCCUGAAGAUCAAGCACAUUCAGGACGCCAGCGGAGUCCGAAUGGUCGCUCAGAAAGAGAUGCUGCCUCAAUCGACUGAACGCAUUGUCGAGGUCCAGGGCACUCCCGAGGGAAUCGAAAAGGCAACUUGGGAGAUCGGAAAGUGUCUGGUAGACGACUGGCAGCGCGGCACUGGAACAGUCUUGUACAAUCCGGCUGUACGUGUACAAGUUGGCUCUGGACCACUCCCGCCUGCUGUCGGUGGUGGCGGACUUGGCAGCUUUGGCUCAUCUCGACCUUUCAAUCGCACAGGCAGUGGAGCCGACUUCACCGAUAACCGUGGCUACAAUCGUACUCAGGAUAGUGCCGCACGUGGGUCCGGUAUUCCCAUGGUGACGGAAGACGGCGAGGAAGUGCAGACGCAGAACAUCAGCAUCCCAGCUGAUAUGGUCGGCUGCAUCAUCGGACGCGGUGGUUCAAAGAUCAGCGAAAUCCGAAAGAGCUCUGGUGCACGCAUUUCCAUUGCAAAGGCCCCCCACGACGAGACUGGCGAGCGGAUGUUCACAAUCAUGGGCAGUGCUGCUGCGAACGAGAAAGCUUUGUAUCUCCUCUACGAGAACCUCGAAGCCGAAAAGGGACGUCGCCAGCAGAUGUCCUCUGAGUGA